AUGAAUCCUGGGGGCGAAGGAGAGUUGAAGGAGGGCAAGAUUGCGGGGAUAUCUUAUCUUCAGCUCAGGCUGCUUAGACCGCCAACAGUCUCGUCCGACUACAGUCGAUUGCAGUCGAUUGCAGUCGAUUGUACCAAGCCAGGUAGUCUAAAAUUACUAUGCAGGACUACUCGUAGAUUCAUAGCGUUUCCGAACACGACUAAUAUUACCGUCAAUUCGGUGCAUCAUCAGUCGUCAAUUCAGGAGUCUGUAGCGGUGUCAGUACAGUGGGGGUUAGGAUCGGAGGUCUUGGUGUAA